UUUUUGUUUUCGAGCCCGGGCUCUUUGCACAGGAAAUUGUAUACAUUGGGAGCAUUCAGGAAGGCAGAGAGCAGCUUUCCCGUCAGCUCCAAGUUUGGACACAUGGAAAAAAUGGAUAAAGGAGAGAUAAAGCAACAGCCUGCCACGUCCCAGCCAAGCAACAGUCACAACAGGAAUUUUCAUUGAUCAUCACUGCAACUUAUGACAAUCUAAAGGACUUAAAGUUCAAAAUGUGACGUCACUUCUGCUCUCAGCCUCCAACAGUGUGGUUACUCAGAAUGUGAGCGGAUGCAGAGUUUUCGGGGCUGUUCGCUGGGAUUUCUCUGGCUGCUUUUCUGACCUACAAACUCAACCUCUGUCGAGGUCAUAUGGAUCGAUCGCCGUGCUUCCAAGGAUCUGUUUGUUUUAAUCAUCGGGACUACUAACUGGAGCCACAUGAAGAAUAAAGGGACAAAGCAGAAAUCCAAAAAGAAAGGAAGCGAAAAUGCGUUCGGCUGUGACCUGAUAGAACAUCUCCAGAGCUCAGCACAAGAUGUUCCUCAGGUUCUCAAGAAAUGUGCAGAGUUUAUUGAGGAGCACGGGAUUGUGGACGGGAUCUACAGACUGUCGGGGGUCACCUCAAAUAUCCAGCGUCUCAGGCAGGAAUUCAGCUCCGAGGCGUGCCCUGACCUUACAAAGGAAGUGUACCUCCAGGACAUCCACUGUGUGGGUUCCUUAUGUAAGCUGUUCUUCAGGGAGCUACCCAAUCCUCUGCUCACAUAUGAGCUAUACAGCAAAUUCACUGAAGUGGUCUCGGUCCAGGGGGAUCAUGAGAGACUGUUACACAUUCAGGGGGUCAUCAAAGAACUGCCGACCCCUCACUUCAGGACUCUGGAGUACCUUACUAAACACUUGGCCCACCUUGCCACCUUAAGCACCCAGACAAACAUGCAUACACGUAACCUGGCGCUGGUUUGGGCUCCAAAUCUAUUACGAUCUAAAGAUAUUGAGGCGUCAUGUAAUAAUGGAGACAUGGCUUUCCAGGAGGUGCGGAUACAACAGUCAGUGGUUGAGUAUAUUCUAAACCACACAGAGGAGAUCUUCAGUGAUUCGGUGCAACUCAAACCCAAAGAAGGACAUAGUUUGAUGUGUGGGGAGAAGUACGCCACACUCCCGAUCAGUGGCCAGUGUGAACCGAUGAAACUGAUGAGCCUGGAAGAAGCCCAGGCCCGUUCCUUAAGUCCAAACCAUCCUGUGCAUAGAGAACGUCAGCGAGAGAACAGUCUGCCUAAUACCAGCACUGCCACGCUCUACCACACCGUCAUAGACAUAUCAGACAGCAAGAGAAAGUUAUCUGGGAAAUCAAAGAAGUGGAAGUCCAUCUUCAACCUGGGACGGUCUGUGGAGUCGAAGGGAAAACUGAGCCGGAACGGCAGUGUGUUCAUCAGAGCACAAGGGACAGAAAAGGCAGCUCUUCGUCCAUCCAGGAGCAUGGAGUCGUUGUGCUCCUUGCCAACAGAUGAUGACAGAACAGGAAACAAAAGUCCAGCCAGUGGAUCUGGCAGCAUUUUUGUUCCGGAUUUAAAGUCCAGAACGCUGGACUCACUCUUUGAUCUGAGCGAACACGAUGCAAACUGGGAGUUUAAAGGGACAAAAGCUGGAGGAGCAACAGGUGGCUGGAGCUCUAGCAUGGACAUGAAGUGUUCAGCAGGUGCCUCUGCAGCCCCUCAAAAAACGCUGCCAGAGCAACUGAAGGUGUUCAAAGGUGAUGACCUCAGCGGCUACAAGCCCACCUCUCCGAAAAGCAGGAGGAUGUUGUACUCGGGCUCCUCCCACAACAGCUCCUCUCGGCCCUCCUUCCCAGGAAGCUUCUUCCCGCUGGAGUCCUCACCGAGGCAUCAGCGCAGAGCUGUCAACAUAUCAGAGCCUUUUGCUGUGUCCGUACCCCUGCGUGUGUCAGCCGUUAUCAGCUCCAACAGCACGCCAUGCAGGGUGCACAUCAAGGACAAAGCUGCUGCUCUGAAACCGUGUAAAGAGAGCUCGGAGCAGAGCGGCAACAGUGGAAAGAGCAACACUUUCCCCCAACUGGAACUCAAGAAGCAGGAAGGAACGGAGAAGAAACACUCAGAGGAGCCGACUUUGAGAGUCCGGCCAGAGGAUGCAAGCAAAGAAAUGUUGCAAGGAGGUCAAGGAGGGGUGAAUACUUCUGAAUUGGAACCAGCGUCCCAUGCAAACGCGAGAGAAGGCAAAGAUGCAGCGCCAUCUCCUGGUAAAGAACUGCAGGACCAGCAGAUGACUAUGCAGCUGGAUAAGGGAUCUUCUACUGGGAAAGAACUGUGGUCUGACCUCCACCAAGAGCUGAAGAUAACUGAACCUGAAAUCGACCUGCUGGAUGAGACUUUCAACCCCGUAUUCAGUACCAAGAGCACCUGUGAGGGCGAGAAGUUAACGAUGGACGUGGAGUCAAAACGGAGCCGCAGCUCUCCGUCUCUGUCGUUGCUCUUUCAAGAUCAGCCUCCGUGCUCCUCUCUGAGUGAUCACGUAAUCCCCACUGGAUCAGACUCGGCAAAGAAACAGCCCUCAGAGUCGGACAUCUUAUUUUCUCUUCACAACAACACAGAAAGCGUUCACGCUGCUACGGUGGGUGAAAAACAGAAGAAGCUCCAUCUAAAACUCAAACCCUUCCACAAAGAUGACACAAAACAGUGCCAACUUCCUUUAGAAAAACCCUGUUUGAAUAAAGUUAUGAAUCCUCUGACGAUAGAGGAUACUCCAACGGUUGUCGUCUUCUCGGGAGCAGAUGAUACCGACACAAAAGUUGAGAAACUUGAAAUCCCCCAAGGAGAAACAAACGACUCUGGUGAGGCAGCAAAGAAGAAUGUGAUUUCUGCGGUGGAGGUUAUUCAGAGGCUGUCAGUGUGUUUGGAGGAGAGACGUCGCACCUUGGAGCUGCCAAACCUCGACAACUACGAAGGAUGUGGAGGAAACCCAGAGGAGCUGGACUUGAUGGAGCCCUGGGAGGAUUUUAGCUCCACCAAGCAGUGGGUUACCAGUCCGCUCCACUCACCUGACGUAGAGGAGUUGUUCAAGCAGCUGUCGCCCUUCGGCUCUCGUGAGGAAACUCAGAUUUCAUCUCCUUCAGUUGAUAAUAACAAACAGUGUCUCAUUAAGAGCACUGAACACCUCUCAGGAAACAUUCCUCAGACUACCGGGAGCAAAGAAGAGACUAAAUGGACGUGUUUGCCGUCAGGGAUCAGCGUGAACAGCAGUAGCACAACACAACCUCACACAGGAAAAUGCAGCACAACCAAACAGAAGAAUACAGCAUCAUCUCAGCGGUUUUACAGACAGAUGUCUUAUGAGGCAGAGAAAAGAGAGGAACAUUGCUUUUCUAAACACAGACCGUAUUCACUUAAUUUAGACCUUGGCCAUCGAUGCAUCAGAGACAUUUCAAAUCAGCAAAACCGUAAUUCAUCAGAGUUUCCCUCUUGUCAGAGAGGAUUGCUGACCUCCUCCGAGUCUGUGAAUAACAGGCUUCCCUCAGAGUUGGAGUUGUUUCUGAGUGAUCGGCAGGCGCCUCUACGCCGAAAUUCAGCCCCGGUCAGCGUGUCAUCAGUGCGAACGGCCUUCAUGAUAAAAACAUGCCAGGCCAAAGCCGUGCCAGUCGUCCCUCCGAAGGUGCAGUACAGCCAGAUACCUCCCUCCAGACGCGACAAUGAUUUUGAUUCAGCGAAGGAACAAGAAAAGGAACAUCCUAAAAUGACUGCAGAGAAAAGCAAUGCUGCACCUCCUCCAGUGAUGUCCGAUCUAAAGGAGGAGCUGGAGAAUAAAGAGCCUAAACCAAAACACCAAAAACACCCACAUGUUGCUGAGUCCGCUCCAGAGCUGCCAGUCAUCCGGAGGAGACACGCGCCCAGCCUGGAAGUGUUUGUGGAUUGUCCCCGACCCAACAGGAACCUCUUACAAAGACCGUCCUUUAGGAACAGACAGAGACCUCAGAGUCUCAUCCUGCUCAGCCCUCCUUUUCCCAUCAUGGACUAUCCUACGGCAGGAGAUGACGGUAAGCUUUCAUCCAUCAAGAGCCUGAACGACACCUCGGCAAUGAAUGUCUUUUCGAAAGAGAUGGCGGAGAAUUUAAGGACGCCGGAGGGGAUCGCCCUUCAAAACAAAAUGACCAUUCCAAAAAGUGGACAGAGACUGGAAACAUCAACCAGCUGCUUCUACCAGCCGCAGAGGAGGUCGAUGAUAUUUGACAGCAGGAGCCACAGACAGAUUGAGUGACUGCUGACUAUGAGACUGGCUGUGUGUUUAAAGAUACAGUAUUCAAGGAAAGUGAAAGGAGGAUGAUAUAAUAACCUAAUGUGAAUCCUAGCAUUGUGUUUGCUAUGAUUCACACAUUUAUUAAGGGAGGAAGUCUUUGUACAAUUUCAGAUUUUGAAGUAUUUGAGACAGUGGAGAGAAAGCCACGAUGUAUGUGAAAGCAAUUUAAGCUUGACUGAGAUCUAGGGCUGCAAACUAAGAAUUUUAAAAAACAGAAAUGUUAAUGUUGCAGAUUAUUUUCUAGAUUAGUCGAUUUAAAAUAUCAGAAAAUAGUGAUAACGUUUCCCAGUGCCCAACUUGUGUUUGAAAUUGCUGGUUUGGUCCAACACCGAAACAUAUUUAGUUUAUCAUUAAGGAUUAACUCAAGGUCCUCUUUUAGCUUUUUCAAGAGGUUUCAAUUGCAUCUCACAGUCUUUCUCAGAGGAUUAUUCAGUUGUCAUGGAGAUAUAAGUCACUGAGCAAGUGCCAUCCACUGAGGAAGACGUUGGAAUGCAGUUGAAAUCUCCACAAAAAGCUAGUACGAUUUUUUAUUUUAUGGUCAAAUUCAAAAGGAUUUUUUUUUUUAUGUUUCUUUUUAAUCCUCCCUUAUUCUAAAAAUAACUUUUGUCUUGAAAUAAAAAGGUCACCCGGUUGAUGACAAAGAAACUGCUUAACAACCACACAUUUGAUCACAUAGAUGAAGAUGUGUUUAUUUAUUCCUUUAUUAAGAUACACUUGAUAUGAAGUAAACGUGAAACCUAUAUGCAUUAAUUAGCUCCGUGAUAAGCUGAUGGCAAUGUGAUUUUUUUAAACUGAUAUUUAAAAGGAAAAUAAUUGUUCUGAUUUAAAUACAUCAAACUAGAUUGAUAGUAUUUACCCACAGAUGAAUCUUAAUUCAAAUGUAUCUUUAUUUUCCGUAAUAGUUAUUGGUAUUUUAUGGCAAUUUUUUGUUGUUGUUUGGUUUUUGACAAUAAUGAGAACCAGCAUUUUAGACAAGAGUAAAGAGUAUGUGACGUUAUCAAAAGUAAGAGCCUGGAGCUGCUCUGCUGACAGUGAACUGGAGGUGGACUUUGUGCACGCUGACUGUAUUUCAUGUGUUUGAGUCAGAUGAUGGCAUCUCCAGGUUUGUGUCUAUUUUCUUUGCAUUAAACGAACAAAGGAUUUGAUGUAUUUCGCUUUAUCGCAUGAUCAUAACAUAGUUUGGAUGUUUCAGGAGUCUACAGUGUAUUUUCUAAAGAUGCGGAUGUUAUUGAGGUGACAGUAUUUUUGUAUACUGAAGUUUGGAUGGACUGGAUGAAUGAUGGCAGUGUUUUAUAAAAAAUAAAAAAAAGGAAGUUUGAGAAAUGAGAAUUGUUUUUUAAAUGAGUUUUGUAACUUUUGUAUACUUGAUACUGAAAAGGAUUGACUGAAGCGUCUGUAUUCAUAGGAAAAACAACUGAAAUGUUUUGCUUUAAGUAUCUGAUGGCGGCACCUGAAGUAAUGUAAAAAAAGACACUUGAUGAGUUUUGUUAAAACCGAAUUUCUGAGAAUAAAAAGUUCUGAAAAUCACACGA